UCAGCGCUUACGGUCACACCGACCCCAACGUUAAUAAAAACGAAAACCUCGAAGGGUUCGCCAGCAAUAGCAGCUCAAGCCAAACCAAAAGCAAACCACAAAUCGUAAACAACAAAGUGACAGCUAAAAAGCGAAAUUCUAAUUGCCCCAGUGAUACAACUAGUAGGGGCCCAGUGUGACACAAUCAUCUAAAUUUAAAGUGUGAGAAACAGAGCAAACUUUUGGCAACCGAUCGAAAAACAAAUUCAGUUGCUGUGUGCCGUAGUGCUACACGAUAAAACAAAGAAACAACAACAUCCCGAGAAACCAGGCAAUGUCAUUGGAGGAUCUCAAGUCCAAGUUGCGCCGUCAUCCAAAGUUAGUGGGCCUCGGAGGAGUGGGCCUCCUUACUGCUGCUGGUUUUUUGCUGUACGAGUCGCCGCAGGUGCGCAGGUUCCUUUCCCAAUAUGUGGACAAGAAAUCCCCGGAACCGGACAAGCGACGUGCCGAGUACAUCUACAUCAAGUACCACAUCUACCGCGAGUCCAUGCGAAAGCUAAAGCAGAAGGAGGAGGACGAGAAGAAGUGGAUUAGCGUGAUAAUCAAUCCGAUUGGCAAAUGGUGGAAGUCAGCGAAGCACUCGGUGGCCUGGCGACUGCUUAACAUUGCCCAAACGGGCAGCCAACCUGAGCGCCUGAAGGCAGUGCAGCAGCUUAUCUGCAUGGAUCACCUUAAAGACUGGGAUUUCCGGCACCUGGCGCAGAUCUGCGAUGCCCGCACAGCCGUUUCAUUGGCCCGUUGCAAUGCCGACACGCGCUGGUUCAUGCCGGUCCACCGACGCGGUUGCAUCAAGAACCCGAAAUUGCUUCUAUCCGAGCUCCACUUAAUGCUGGCCCGCCUGCGACCCAUGUCCUGCGUGGACCACUUCUUCAGCAAAUACUUUCCCGAACAGGAUCCCAUUGAGGACAUCCACGAAUACUUGACUCAAGAACAGACCAUUGUUCUCUCCACCGCCGACACGGAUUUACUCAAGGAAAUCAUCUCCUUCCUACACCACAUCACCAAGGAUCCCGAGGCCUCGGCCAGGAUAAUCAGAGACGGCGGACUUGUGCAUCUCAUGGAGCUGCGGAAGAUAUUCAGCGACGAUAACGAGACCUUAUCGACUCUCUGCAAAGUUUUGGCCAACAUGUCCCUGGUGCCCGAUGCAGUCGAGCAUUUCUUUUCGUCCGGUUGGGUCGGAGCCCUCGCCGAAUGGCAGCAGUGCCCCGAUCUCCGACUGCAAGUGAUCUCGGCCAAGACCAUGGCCAACCUUGAUCACGACGAUCCCAACCAGUGCACAUAUCCGCCCAAUGUUUAUCCACUGCAUCCACGAGUUCGCACCCGCAGGAAGCCCAAAGCAGAUAUAGUUUUCGUCCACGGAUUGCUGGGUGGAGUUUUCAUCACCUGGCGACAGCGGGAUAGGAAGCCCACCGAGCUGGGUCUAUACGGAAAGAAUGCCUUCUAUACCAGUGAGACGGACGAUGUGUUUCUGGUGGGCGAACAAAAAAGGGUUAAUGGCAACAAGCAAAAGAAGGAGCAGGGCAAACCGUUGGUGCCCACACAAGCCUCAGAUGCGGCCAAAAAUGGCAACGCAAAUCCCAAGACAGAAGCAAUCAAAGAUCCUGUCUUGAAAGCCAGCAAGAAAGUCGAGGAACAGCGGCUGAACAUCAGCGAUGCGGCCACCAUGGAGUUCGUGGAGACCCUAAGAAACGAGGCCGAGUUGGACUCGGAUUGGGAGGUGGUCCACCCGGAUAUUCCACUUAAUGCCAGCGAAGAUUGUGUCGGAAAGUUCAGUGUAUCAGGGACCGAGUGGCGCAACCAGGACACAAGUGAGGAGUACACGAAUUGCUGGCCCAUGGAAUGGCUCCCGGAUGAUUAUCCAGAUUCGAGAAUUCUCGGCAUAGAUUACACUUCAGCGGUCACAGAGUGGUCGGCCAACUUUACCAAAUACUGUCCCUGUGAAAAGGGACAAGGCCACAUCGAUGUGAGAGCUGGAACACUGCUCGAAAGGAUCUCCGCCUCGGAUGUUGGCAACGAUCGUCCGAUUGUUUGGAUAGGACAUUCCAUGGGCGGCCUGCUAACCAAGCUUAUACUGCUUAAAUCCCUGGACUCGCAGGAGCCGAAGGUUCAACAGCUCGCUAAGAAUACCAAGGGCAUUGUAUUUUUGGGCACUCCGCACCGCGGCUCACCCAUUGCCAAGUGGAAGCAGCACAUGCAGAUGAUACUCUCGCCCUCCAUUGAAGUCAAGGAGAUGGAGGAGAACUCGCCGAAGUUGCUGGAGAUGCAUCGCCGCUUUAUGGGCUGCCUACACACGUUUUUGCGCCACGUUAAGGUCGUCAGUGUGGCGGAAGGAUCGCCCACCAUGCUCACCACAUUCAAGUUCCCACUGCGCAUUGUCACGGAGGAGUCCUCUAAGAUAGAUUUCGGGGACUUCUAUCUGCUGAAGGACGAUCACCUGAGUCUCUCCAAACCGAUCUACAGGCAAUCCUUUUUGUAUCAAAGAUUGUUGCAUGUGAUUCGCGAGGCGGUCCGCGAGCGAUCGGAUCCCAAAAAUCAGGAUGGCCAAGCGCAAGCCACGCCAGAAAAAGAUGUGAUACUCAUGAAUAUCGUGGCUAUGUUGGUGAAGGGAGCCAAAGGCCUGUUUGAAUCGCUGCCUCGAGUCGCCUUGAAAUUCAGCACUUAAGAUGGGAAAAUAAAUACCCCGCUACACGCCAGUACCUUUAUAGUAUCCCGAUUAGGCUAUAACUUGUAAAGUAUUUACCCAAACGAAGCUAAGCUUCAAGUGGGGGUUAUUGCUUUUCCACACAACCCAUCACCAGCGACCAGAGCCUUGUAAAUACUCUCGCACUCCAUGUAGUUUCUUACGCCCGAACCCUAACUUAUUUUCCUCGGUCAACAACUUAAAUGUUCAAAUAAAUGUACUCGUUUUGCACAUAUCUGA